AUGAUUACUAUUCUAUAUCAGGUGAUUUUAUGCUUCCUAGUGACUUCUGAGUCCUUGAUAAAGCUCACCUCUGCAUCUGAUAUAUCAGAAGAAACAUUCCAAGACUUACAACGCGCAGCAAAGCUCUCAUCAGCAGCCUAUGCAAACUGUGAUACGAAUGCCUACGAUAUUACGAUCACAAAGCAUAUCAAUGACAUCGCGACAGGGACUCAGGUACUCAAGUAUAAUAGGGCUACAUUGGGUAUUCGACAAGCAGGAAAACCAUCUCGCUCGUUUUCCGAGGCUCCACGACCGGUAAGUAUCACUUUCUGUUCACAGCUUUCUUGGCUGCCAUUGCUCACUUUCUCAGUUAUUGACUUUGUCAAUGACCUCGAUUCAACAACCGUGUCGCCUACAAUUCCAGAUACACAUUUCCCGACCGGUGCGAAAAUCAUGCAAGGAAUUCACCGUCCAUGGCUAGCAGUGCACAAUGAUGUUAUUUCUGAAAUUCGUAAUCUGCUAGGGCAGUAUCCAGAAUAUUCACUGGAGCCAAUGGGUCACUCACUUGGUGGCUCAUUAACAUAUCUGGCCUAUAUUGUUCUCAAGCAGAGCAUUCCCCAUAGCAACAUCACGGGCUAUGCCUUGGCGGCCUUUCCAAUCGGCAACCAGGAAUUUGCUGAUCUCGGAACUAUGCAGGGGGGAAAUAUGUUCCGAGGAAAUAGCAAGGGCGAUGGGACACCUAAUGAAUACGUUAACCAACCAUGGAAUUUCAAGCACUAUGGCGUGGAAUAUUAUAGCGAUGGUUCAAGAGAAGGAACUAUUCAAUGCCAGGGGAAUGAGGAUCAAGCGUGCUCAGCAGGGAAUGAACUUAAUUUCCCGACUGUGGCUCACUUUCACCUCUUUGGUGUUGAUUUUGGUCUACUUGGCUCGAAGUCCAAAUGUAAUUAA